AUGGAGGUAGCAGCAUCUUCUUCAGUCGGUCCCAGCAGCUUCAGGAUGUCGCUUAAAGGGGUUGAUGAAGGUGAUGGAAUCAUCAUUGUUGAUCAUGGCUCACGCCGCAAGGAGUCUAACCUUAUGCUGAAUGAUUUUGUUGUCAUGUUCAAGGAGAAAACUAAAUAUCCAAUCGUGGAGCCUGCUCACAUGGAACUGGCUGAGCCAUCAAUCCAGGAUGCUUUUAAUUCAUGCGUACGAAAAGGAGCGAAACGUGUUAUCGUUAGCCCUUUUUUCUUGUUCCCUGGAAGACACUGGCACCAGGAUAUUCCUUCUCUAACAGCUGAAGCUGCAAAGGAACACCCAGGGGUAUCAUAUGUCAUUACUGCCCCCCUUGGUCUACAUGAGCUGCUUGUGGAUGUGGUGAAUGACAGAAUCACUUAUUGCUUGAGCCAUGUUUCUGGUGAAGUAGAUGAGUGUUCAGUAUGUGCUGGAACAGGAAAAUGCCGUCUUCGAGAUUAG